AUGGAAAUAAGAGGAUCACCUGGACCAGUAUCACAAGGUCCCACUCCAGAUGAUCCACUGGUGCGGAUCGAUCAUAUGGUUGCUGCAUUAUCUAAGACGUAUAAGUCUCCUGUGGUUGACACUAUUCAGUCUCUUCCUCAACACCAACAAAUCAUAAUAUGUUCUGCUGCAAAGGCUUUUCGAGGGACCAAAAAGGAUGCAACCGUUGGAGAGCUUAAUAAGUUAUACCUAGAAAUAUGUAAAUCUUGGGUGAUUUCUCCAGCUGGAAAUACAGAGUUCACUAACAUGUGUACAGUUCUAAAUGAUCAGGGGAUUUUAAAAUUCUGUCAAGCUCGUAGAGAUAAGGUAAAGAGAGUAAGCCUGAGAGUAGACGAAACAGACAUUACAUUUGCUCUACAGGGUCUAUCCAUAAAUUUACUAAUUGCUGUCAUCUGUGUAUGUGAGAACAAUGGAGGAAACUCCAAAAAAGAGUUGGUGAGUUGUAGUGGGUCUAGAAGCUUGUCCCGGUGA